AAUGCUCACGCCCGUACCUGUUUGUGAGACACCUGUCAGACAGAGAGAGACUGCUCACACUCGGAGGGACACACUGGUCACACACACUCGACUCGAGCUGAGUGGACGUUUCUCUGCUGGAUAUAAACUUAAAAAAAGGUAUCCUGUGAAGAUAACAGAACAAAGACAAAAAGAGAAACCUCUAGAACAAGCAUGUCAAAAGUGGACAAAGAAUCUGUGUUUCAAACCACCAAAGUCCGCACCAAGCUGAAGGGAGAUGGCAGCUGGAUGCAGCGCCGCAAUGAGGCUCAGGCUGAAGAUGACAAGGCAAAACCAUGGUUAGCUGAAGUAAGGGCCAGCCGUGAAAACGGAGCACCGGUUGAGACCAGUCCAGUGUCGUCACCAACAACACCCACGCCACCACCCACAAAGCCUGAUGCUGAAAGAGCACCAUCUUCAGGAUACCUGAUGAGAGGCAUUUUCACUAAACUAGACAAGACUCCUUCAUCCUCAACAACAAACGGUGUUAGUGGAACAACAACAACACAAUUCACCAAAAAACCUUCAGAGAGCUACAAGAAAAUAGCCCCCUACACCGUGAGGCCCACUCUAGAAAGCCAGGAGGACCAACUUAGCACUGAGGAGCAGGAGAAACGGACGGAGGCAGCCAGCAGCGUAGUGAGGCAAUCUGCAGCCAGGCAACGCUCUUAUGUGCUUUCUGCUGCUAAGAAAUUUGAGUCUUCAGAUACGGCGCCUGACAUCUCAUUGGUCAACAGCAGUCCAUCAUUUGUGGCUAGAAGGGUACAGCUUACUGAUGAUGAUGAGAGCGCGGUGUCUCCAGCACCUGCCAGCACUCCGGCCCCCUCCCCGGUUGCUCCUGCCACAUCUGUUGCCCCAGCGCCUGAGAUCAAACCAUGGAAAUUACGCGGCACCAGUGUGAAAACAGCUGUUGAUGUUGCUGUUAAUGAGCCCGUGGCACCAAAGGUGGAGGAUGCCGCCCCAGAGCCUGUGAAGGAUGACCCUCCUCUGGUUAUAGUUAAAGGCCCAUUUGAAGGCAUGAAGCCAGGGUGUACCAAGGUGGACACUCCUCUCCCUAUUCUCCUCCCACAUUUAGUUCAAACUGUCUGUGCAGAGCCAGAACCUGAGAAGACAGAUGUUUCUGGAAAAGUAAACAUCCCUCUGGUUAAACUCACCCCAGCCUCACCAAUCCAAAUAUCACCUGCUUCAGCCCCCCCUUCCCCGGCUUAUACUGUCCCAGUGUCUGCUGCAACAGAGAUCAAAGUGAAGACUGAACCAGAACCUGAACCUAGACAUCGAACACCACCAGCUCUAAAGCCACGCUCCAGUGUUGACAAGCUCACAGCCUUGUACGACACUCUCAUUUCUUUCGACACAAGUUCAACCAGCUCUAAGGAUGAUGAGCGAGUGCUGGCAGAGAAGGAACAAGGCCCAGGGGACAGUCCCACCGCAGAGGACGGUGAUGAUAAGGAGCCAGCUCCAGAGCUCAGCAACUGUAUACACAUGACAGACGAUCUCCUGGUUCUCACUAAUGGUCCAGAGGAGUCAGCAGAGCCGGUUCCCCCCAGCCCAGGACGCUGGAGUCAGGAUCUGCUGAGCGGACUAGACAGUGAGUCGAACCCAGAGAAGACCAGUGGCUCCCUUGAUCUGCUGGCUGAUGAUGUCAUUCCAAUCAACACAGUCGAACGCAGCCUAAGCAUGCAGCGAGAGGAGGAGAAACAGACAGACGAGACACCAAAAGUAACACAAAGCAGCACCACAGAGACUGUCACUGUAACCACCAAAACUGUGAUCAUCUCCGACAAAAGCCAAGAGGACAGUGCUAAUCCAUGGAGCUCACAUUCUACCACCACAGUCACCGAAUCAAGCUCGGCUGAUCCGUUUGAUCCAUAUCCGAUAGGGACCACAUUCUCUAACAGCUCAUCUGACCUGCUCCAGCCUCUCUCUGAUUUUUCCAUCAACAGUGUGUCUUUCACCUCAAUGGAAAACAAAGAUCCAAGUCCAGAGACUAGCCAAGAGGAAAACGCAGAUCCAUGGAGCUCAUCGACCACAGUCACCAAUUCAAGUGUGCUUCACAGUCCAAUAGAGAACAAUGAUCAAAGUCCAAAAACCAAUAAUGCGUUGGAAUCCCUUGCAGAAAACGUCAUCCCUAUCAGCACUGACAGCACAAGUCUGAGCUCUCAUCGGUCAUGGGCACGCACAUGGGAAACCAACACACCUCAGCAGGCUAACACGGAAGAGAGCCAAGAAGCUGUGCCAGGAGGCCAAACCGUAGAUCAAGAGACGCUGGUCAAGUUUGAGAGAAAGUCCAAAGAGAAUGACUCCCCUUGGGACAGGUGGACCUCACCCACUAUCUAUACUACCACUACAGAAAGGGAUGAUGAUGAAGAGGAGGAGGAGGAGGAGGAGGAGGAGGAGGGGGAUGAGAGCCAUACACAGACAGAGACGGUCACAACCACCAUCACCACUAUCAGGGAGACACACAGCGAACAGGAGACCGUUAUGGAUCGUUGUGAAACCUAUUCCAAGACCGUAAUGGAAGAAGACCUUCGCGUCCAAACACCGGAACCCGAGGCCAAAAAGGGCAUUGUGUACGUGAAGGAGUAUGUCAACGCAACAGAGAUGUCCAUGCAUAAUGCCAGAGACAACACCGACACUGGGUCAGAUUAUUACACAUCAAGUUCCACCAGUUACUCUUACAGCAGCCCCCCCAGUGGCUCGCUGUCAUCUGCCUGCACCUUCUGUGGAGAAGUGGUGGGAAGUGAUGGCAAGAUCACCAUCGAUCACCUCAACAUCAACUGCCACCCCCACUGCUUCAAGUGCGGUGUGUGCAAUAAGUAUAUGGGAGACCUUCUCGACAGCAUGUUCCUGCAUGGAGGGAAAGUCCACUGCGAGGCCUGCUACAGCAAAGCUUUGGACUGAUUAUAGAAGCUCUUCAGCAGCCUCUUAUCCCCGUCCCUUCAUGUCCAUUUGCAUAUAAAGUGAGAACUGGUCUUUCACAAAGUUUUCACUGUGUUCGGUUUGAACUCAGAAAGGAUGUGGUUCAGGAUGAUCAAAAAGACAGUUAUAGCGAACUUAACUUUAUGACUACUGAAUGUUUUUUCUUACACUAGGUACAAUUUCUAAUUUCUCAAAGAAAUUCAUUCAAGCUUGUGUUUUCUUUUGUUCUGGUGGUGAAAGCUGUAUCUGCCUCAGUAAACUAUGAAGGAUAUGUCUGUACAACAUGGUGUGCUCCAUAUAACUGUGAACAGACUAAUACUGGCAAGUGGGGAACAAUAUUAUUAUUUUGCAACAGUAGAAAAUGACUUUAUUACAAAAAUGUUUACUCCUUUUGCUCUUCUUAAUACAAAAUAGUGUAUUCACAUGUAUGAUGCUUUGUUAAAAAAAUAAAAUGAUUUGUAUUA